UUCUUUCCUAAAUCCGUGUGCACGAGGCAAUUUGUUUCUAUGAUUGUCCACGGUACCGAACUGGGAAAUAAUUUUGUGUCAUGUUUUGCUUGUGUAUAACCGUUUGGUCUUUUGCAGCCAAAUAUGGUGGCAAAAGACCGUAAGAAACUAAGCUAAAAGUCAAUAAAAUCGGACAGUUUUUUAAGUAAAGGUGGACAUUUAUAAGCUAAUGUUGAGUUUAUUGUCGGCUUUUUCUCGGAUUUGCAAACUUGCUAAUAAUUGUGAGAGUCGAGUUUUUGAUGUGUUACAAUUUAAUCAGAAAAAAUCAAUGGCUAAAAUGGAAACGACAAAGAUGUGCGAAUAAUCUUGCUCCCAGUAAUGCAAAAGUCAAGAGAAAUUCUCCUCACAACCAGCCUUCCACAUCCUACAGUCAGUAUUGGAUCCUAAAUUUCAAAUGAAUAAAAUGCAGUACCCCGAGGGCCAUGGACAGAGACCCACCUCUUUCUUUAUAGAAGACAUUCUUCUUAACAAACCCAAACCUACAUUCCGGGAACUACCGCCUUCUCUUCAACUGAGACCGACUGUUUCGGAUUUUCCGGGAUACCCUUAUUUUCCGGGUAUCUUCUACCCGCACCAAGUGCUUCAUCAGACUCCAAGCUUUAUCAAACACCCAGAACAUCCUUUUUUGAUGCCGUCUGUUGCCGGCUUUCCCCUGGCGCCUAUAUACCAGCACGAUAGCCCCGGAAAACACUGCCGGCGCCGGAAGGCGCGCACCGUGUUCAGUGACCAGCAACUGAAUGGUCUGGAGAAACGGUUCGAGGCCCAGCGAUAUCUGUCCACUCCAGAGAGGGUGGAGCUGGCAAAUCAGCUCAGUCUGUCCGAGACACAGGUAAAAACAUGGUUUCAAAACCGAAGAAUGAAACACAAAAAGUUACAGAAGAAAACUAACGAAGAUGGGGAAGAGAUAAAUAGUGACGACAUAAAAGAAACCGGAUCUGACGAUGAAGAUUCACGUGACAGUUUUACUUCCGGUGAUGCGUCGGAAAAAGCGCAGUGUUCCAACAAAGUCAGUAUUUUAGACAGCAAACUAUCGAGUUCUUCGUUAUACAAACCUUACCAACUGGAAACCAGGGAAGAGGAACAGGAAGACGAAAUUGACGUGGUAGACAGCGAGAGUGAGGGAUGAAUGGGAUCGGAUCUGUGAUUGUUGUUGUUACCUCAUAGUGUCAUUGCUGUUUUUACAUAAACCUGGUGCUUAGAUGUAUUUUGUUUAAAUACAGAAUAUUUGUUGAACUCAGAAAUUCUAUAUGUGUAACAUCAUAGCUUUCACAAAUUGUACUUCUUUAUUAUAUGAACUGUAUUAAUAUAUGAUAUUACCUAAAUAACUUAGGUAUCUUACAUCAGAGUUAAAGCAACUAUUCUCGUGACACUUUUGUCUGAAUAUUUUUAACCAUAUAUUCAACUCUGACAUUUUUUCAUGUUUGUGAGUGUGUAUAAGUUGGUCUGUGUUUUUUUAUGUAGUGCUUUAUUAAUUGUAAUGAAAUCCAUAAAUUUAGAAUGCCGAAGCGAGAAUAUUACUUUAUUUUAUAAAUCAACUAGUCUUUUGUAGAGUGUGUUUACAGUGCUGACAACUUUUACUUAUAUCUUUUUUACUUUAGGUAGUUACCAUAAUUUAUACUUAUGAAACGUCCUUUGAAUCAUAAUGAAGCACUAAUUAUGUGUAAAAUUUUUCUUACUGAAAAUAUUUUUUUGCAAAAGAUAUUUUAGAUGGAAAGUAAUGGCCAUAACUAGAAUUUUGUGCGAAAUGCUGUAUUGUAAUGAUGUAUGUUCUAUAGAUGUGUAUAAGCUGAUGUUUGUCGAAUGAUCUUAUAUUUUAGCAUAAGCAUAUAGCAUAUACCGUAUACAGUUUAAGAUGGAUUUUAUAUUGAAAUUUUGAUUGAUGCAUUUCCAAACAUAAUUCUGUAUAUUAUUUCAAUAUUUUCGAUUCCGUCUAUUAUUUGAAUAUUUGUGUAACUUAUAGAUGUAAUAUUAUAAUAAAAACUUAUGUAAUAAAGUAGAAAAAUGCCAAAAAUACCUUA